CCAGCGCUUCUCGGUUAUAUGUUGGUUAUCUUGGAAGAGAGCUAUCUCGGCAAGUCUCGUAUAAGAUUAUAGUGCUCACCUUUAGAACAUGGCGCCAGUGUUGCCAGCCUCGCUCAGUCCGCACAUCUGUAUAUCUCAGUCCAAAGACCUCGAUGACCUUCUUGAAAGUUCCUCUCUACCUCCGUUGUAUCAGAUCCUCCAGUCGUUUUCCCCUUUGCCUAAUGUAACAACUCGUACCACUGGACUGGUGAAUGUGCCGCACGCAUCUUUUGCACUCCGCUUCUCCCCACUGCACGAGAUUGAGGAAGCAUGUCGCGAAGACGAAAACCAGCGUGCGGCACGUACCAUGGAUUGGAUCAGUGAGCGCGUCUCACACAGGAGUGCCAAAUGGGUUGAGGACAUGGAAGCCAAGCCCGAUCGCGACAGUCUUCGUACGCCAUGGUGGAAUGAGGUCAAGCGCUGUGUAGAGGGUGAUCAUGUACCUUCCAGAACUGAAGGCUGGAAUCACCCAGUGUCCAUUAUUUUGGCCACAUCAACGACUGCGCCAAAUCCUUUGCAGGCAAUUACUGCCCUUCAUUCCCGCAUUCUUGAAUUUCCAUCAUGGGUAGACGCCACGCAUCUCCUGUUUACUGUCAUUGUCCAUCCGAAGAACUCACCGUUGAGCGACGAAGAGGCUGGGGCACUCAUGAAUGCUGUGACAAAGCAAUAUGGCUCUAAUGUCUACCUGUUACCUUUGAACCUUCCUUCGCCUCCCCCGGAGCCAGUACCUGUCCCAUUACUGAUGCCUCGUUUACCUCCGGUGCCCAUUGAGCCGUCCUCCACAGGGAUCGCGCCUGGUCCAGCUCCCAAUGAUGCGUCCAGUCAUAUACACGUUGAAUCCCCCAAUACGAUACGUUUCGCUGAACAAGACAUCCAACAGACUGCCAAGUUCACUCGUGAGUUCGUUGUGAUGACCCUGGUCCCAUGGAUGGAGAAGAUGGUCAUGGACUGGAGUGAGAUUUACACCUCUAGUCGUCGCCUUCCCUCACGACUAUUCUCUACAACGCGUCGGUUCUUUGGCUCUUCUUCUGGUCAAGGUAGCCCAACGCAUACAUCCUCACCAUCUCUGUCAACUUUACCCACACGCUCUCAAACCUACUCCUCGCCCCAGAACCCAUCAUAUGUGCUGGCCCCUCCCCCAUCCCAGCAUAGACGAUUAGCAGAAUUCGCUUCGAUACUUGGCGAUUUUAAGCUUGCCAUACAAGUCUGGGAUGUUCUGAGGAAGGAAGGCAAGGAUGGAGCUGAUAUUCUUCCGCUUCUGGUCGCCCCGACGCCAACAGUUCAAUCGCAUUUUCAGCAAGCAAUAUCUGCCAUUCUUUCGCCAACCACCGAGGUACCGCCUCAAGCACAGCUCCGUGCACUUGCCUAUGCUGUGCGCUGGGAUAUCGGAAUUUCGGAAACAGACUUGAUAAGCAGCGCUCUUGAAGGCGAUAGAUGGAUGGUUUCGGCUGCAGGCCCCGCUGAUGAGCCGCCAUCUGCUCUCUUGCUUGCUCAAGCAGCGUUGCUGAGCGUGCGCAAAGGUGCGAAGCGACGAGCAGCACUGUGGUACUUUGUAGCUGCCCGGCGGCUCGAGAAAAGCGGCAUUAAACCGCUCACUACCUAUUUACUGAGGCGAGCGCAUGGAUUGCUUACUAUUCGCCCAGAGAAGAGCUUGUCACCUUUGUUCUGGGAAUCUGAAGGGCGUGAUGCGUCCGAGCAUCAGUGCUUUGACUUUGCCAUAUCUGGCGUGGAGCAUCCCUUGGGCCGAUUGUUGUACUCUACCGGGGACGUUUCAGGUGCUAUGCAGGGUUUUCUGGAUUUGCUAAGAUGGACUUCAGACACCAAGUCCCCUCUUUUGAAGAUGGUUUCCGCUGACGGUGCUGACUUCCAAGAAGCGGCUGAAACAGAGAAGAUGUAUUUGGAAGACUUCAGGGCUGCUUUCUCUCACUUCAAGUCUGUAGAAGGAGACGAGGGCAAAAUAGCGAAGCUGCAGCUUCCUUUGAAGUUUAUCGUCGCAGAUCGUGCUCGAGUAAGGUUGCCGCGAGACUCAGCUGGAGGCAGCGUCAACGUAUGGGAAGAACGCAUGGAUUCAUGGGCUGAGUUCUGGCGAAAUCAUGGUAAAGAACGACUUGAGCGAACAGGUAAAGCCGCUGUCGGAGAAACAUUCUAUAUCGAUCUGCAGCUCCGGAACCCGACCUGCUGUGAGAUAACGUUGUCCAAUAUCUCAGUACUUGCGCAGUCAAAAUCGGGGAACAUGAUAACCCCAGAUACAAGGCCUGUCAAUGAAGUCACGCUUGGACCAAAGGAAGGAUGCACAGUAUCCGUGGCUGUUACAUCGUCUGUUUCGGACUCGUUGGUUAUCACACAUGCAACAUAUGCUUUUCUCGGCCUCCUUCCAGCUAAUGAAUCAUUAUCGCGGCGGGGACGAAGAUUGCAUGAUACGCCACAACAGCGGUGGACAGCCACGUACGCCUCCGACGUUGAACUGCUUGUGGAAGUCGAAGAAGCUGGGCAAGAGCUCGGGGUCACUUUCGUAGAUGAGACACCACUUGUUCUUGCUGACGGCGAGUACGUUGAGAUGAAGAUCCAGCUGACCAAUCAAGGUACACAAAACGUUGGCGAAGCAUGGAUUGUGCCGGGUUUGGAAGACUCCGUCUGGAUAAGUGACUCGCCUCUCCAAAUUUUGAGUUCGUCGCCAAUAUCCGAGGCCGAAGUCAUUCAGAACGACAAUGUUAUCACCCCUGCUACUCCACUCAAAGUACCCUUAUCGUCCGAUGGUCAAUCUUUCCUACCCCCAGGUGCAUGCGGGGAGAUGGUUCUGAACCUGCGUGCGACGAGGCGGGAACAGUAUUCUACCCUGUGCUUGUUGUUUGUGUUCAGAGAGGGGACUGGUUCGACAUUCCAUUGCAAAAGGAUAACCAGAGACCUUGAAGUGGUGCCAAGCUUACAGCUUUCGGCAAUUUGUCGCCCCAGUGGGUCCAAGGAAUACCAAUAUACGAUUGAUUUGGAUGUGGAAAACGUUCAUUCGAUUAGCGCUCUUCGUAUCACUCAAGUGGCAGCUAUCAGUCCAACAUGGACUUGUGAAGAGGAGAGCAAAGAAAUGAAUAUACCUACAAUUCUGGCUCAACAAACUUCUCGCAUAUGCUUAAGUAUGAGAGCUACUGACUCCAAUGCGGAUGCGGAGGAAACACGUUUGCAUAUCGCACAACAGCUUCGGAACAUUAUCAGAGGUCACAGAGUUGAUGCGAGCAGUCCACCUCCUUUGAACCUUCAUUGCAGUCACUCUCGGAUAAGGGGCAACAAUGGCCAUUCCCUUCAGCAUCCCGCCAUACGGCACUUUGUCCUGAACGAGCAAAACAGUAUUGCAUUCCGCUCGCUAGCCACCACACAGCCACAUAUUCCGCCCCGCUCCCGCUCAUCCAUCUUUCCUCGAUACCACCCACUCUCGUUGUCGUUGAUAGUGUUUUGGGAGCUGCCGCUUGAGGGACGUCGUGGUCACUGCAGCCUUUCGGUUGGUUUACUUGGUGCCGGCCACGGCUUGCUCAAGGAAAUCGUAGAUGAUGCAGAGAACAGCAAAGUAAAGAGGACAAUGUAUGCCGAGACGCAACGCGAAAAAGCGGAAGUGCUAGACGCCAUUAAGAACAGCGAUUGGAACCUGGAGAUGAAUCCCGUCGUCGUAACAAUUUCUUCCAAAGGUGUCAUAGAACACGAUUUUGUCAAAGGACCCUGCAAAGCCCCGAUUGUUUUCUCGGUCCGCAACAUUUCCCUGACGAACAAUUGCCAUUUCACUUUGAAGUUGCGAUCUCAGGGAUAUCACAGUGACGUUCCUUGCCGGUUCACUGGUCGGACGACUUUCAAAGGUGCCCUCAAGCCUUGUGAGAUAACUGUCAUUGAGGCACGGGUUUGGUGUACUCGGCCUGGUACGUAUUCCCUCGAGCCAUGGCAGUUAGAGACCGAAGUUGGAGAGACUGGCCAAGACCAGUGGAUGGUUCGUUAUCGAUAUCAAGAGAUAUCCGAGCGGAAGGAGUAUAUCACAAUAUCUCAUCUUUCCACUACAUAACAUAUAUCUUCAUUAGAGCACACUAAGAUUGGGCAAAUAAUAGUAAGUAGAAGUUAUAAGGUCUCUGGGAUCUGCUGGCGAAGCCACGCAAAGAGGUAUCAAGUUAUUUGUCGCUAUCGAGGGCCUUCUGGGCCCUUUGUCGCUCCCUCUCAGCGGCCUCCUUUCGUGCUGCUGCGAGGCGCAUCUUCUUGACCUUGAUGUUGAAGAGCGUCUGGACAAAAGCAUUAGUCAUUCGUUUAUGAUGAUAC